GUAAGAGGACGGUUAGUAUUUGUUUGCAGAGCGCCUAACAGUGCGCUCUCGGCUAUGACAGCGCACGCGUAGAGCACAUGGAGUCCAACGACAAGAGAGAGAGAGAAAAACCAGAGAGAGAAAAAAAUCAAUCAAUUUUACCGAUCAAUUGAUUUGCGGACAACAAAUACUCUCUCUCUCACACACAUCGAACCGUUGACUGACCAUCGACUCCGACGGAUUGCUGAGAUAAACACCGAGUUGUCUGUCUGGCCAUUGACUUACCGCCAGAGAGAGAGAGAGAGAGCUUCCGCGGGUUUCCCAUCCGAAGUUGUCAUUGUCUCCCACACCACACACACACACCCGAAGUUGUGGACCAGUUGUCUACGGGUUGUUGUUCGUGGCCACCACCACCAACGCCAAACAAAGUUGGCCAGUGAUUUACCGGUUAGUGACAUCAUCAUCAUCGCCACCACCAAUCAUAAUCAUCGACAUCAUUGACCCGAAAAGUGUGAAACUACCACACAUUUAGAAGACAUCUGAUAGAGAAAAAAAACAAGAGAUGGAUGCGUCCACUUGUAUUGAGUUGGCCAUCGAAGGCGAACGGCUAUCCAAAUUGGGCGACUUUAACGGUUCGGUAGCCUUUUUCGAGGCGGCCGUCAAGUGCGGUACGAACGACCUGAAAACAUUGUCGGCCAUCUAUUCCCAAUUGGGUAACGCCUACUUCUAUUUGGGCAACUAUCACAAGGCCAUGGACUACCAUAAAAUGGACCUAACAGUGGCCAAAUCUAUCAACGACCGCAUCGGUGAGGCCAAGGCUUCGGGCAAUUUGGGUAACAGUUUGAAAAUGAUGGGCCGUUUCGACGACGCCAUCAUUUUCUGUAAACGUCAUCUGGAGAUCAGUCGCGAGUUGGCCGACAAAGUAGGCGAAGGCCGCGCACUAUACAACUUGGGUAAUGUGUUUCACACAAAAGGCAAGACAAUGGCCAAAGCAGGCAACGAAGAUCCCGGCGAAUUUCCCGACGAUGUCAAACAAUGUCUGGAACAAGCGGUCGACUAUUAUAAACAAAAUCUCGAUCUGAUGACACAAUUGGGCGACAAGUCGGCUCAGGGUCGGGCCUGCGGCAAUCUCGGCAAUACUCACUAUCUAUUGGGCAAUUUUGCUCAGGCAGUCGCCUAUCACGAAGAGCGAUUAAAUAUAGCCAAAGAGUUUGGCGACAAAGCGGCCGAACGUCGGGCUCAAUGCAAUUUAGGCAACGCUCACAUAUUUUUAGGACAGUUUGAAACGGCUGUUUAUAAUUACAAACAAACCCUAGAACUGGCCGAACAGCUAAAGGAUCGGGUAGUAGAGGCCCAGGCCUGCUAUAGUUUGGGCAAUACCUAUACACUGUUACGCGAUUACAAUUCGGCCAUUGAGUAUCAUUUGCGUCAUUUGAAGAUUGCCCAGGAAUUGCGCGACCGUAUCGGCGAAGGUCGCGCCUAUUGGAGUCUCGGUAACGCUAUGACAGCAGUUGGCGAUCACCAGGAGGCGCUCAAUUAUGCACAAAAGCACCUGGAGAUUAGCCGCGAGAUUGGCGACAUUACCGGCCAGACCACUGCUCAGAUGAGUAUUUCGGAUCUACGAAAACUAUUGGAAAAAGAUAUGGCCAACAAAACUAUAAUACAAUCCGAUAUUAUCGGUCGACACAAACGGUUGUCAAUGGAACGAAUGGAUGUGAUGGCACUGUCGCCACAGCAACGGAAACUUUCACUCAAUACUGUCGAAGAAGUGGUGGUUAAUACUACUACUACUUCAUCGGGUGUCGUCGUCGUCGAAACGGAUCAACCAAUUGAUAAUAUAGUGUCGUCCACGAGUACCGAUUUUAUUAGCAAAUCUCACGAAGAUUUUCUAGAUUUGGUCUCAAAGUUUCAGAGCAAACGUAUGGACGACCAAAGGUGUCCGCUGAUGGGUGCGGCGGCGAUCAUCGAAAACAAGGAGAAUCGCAAACCCAUUUGCGGUCAACCGAUUGCUGCCAAUAGCCGACAGUACGCCAGCAGUGGCUGCUCAGCAAAUGCUGGUAACAAUGGUGGUGGUGGUCCGGGCGGUGCUCAUAACGCCCGCAUUAAUCACUCGGUCGCCAACAACAAUGCAAUGAAUACAAAUAAUAAUACUACUAAUAAUAAUAAUCACAUCGGACGGGUUGGCCAGUCGGCGUCGCAGGACUCUCAACAGUCGUCCAGCAGUGCCGACCAUUUUCACGAUCUCAUCGAAAUGAUCGCCGGUAUGCAAGAGCGUCGUAUGGACGACCAGAGGGCCGCACUGCCACCUCAACCGGCCGUACGCCGUAACAGUGCCACCAACGGUCCUGAAAGUCUUCCACAACAACGAAACCAUACGUCAUAUGUACACCAAAACAAUGAGAACGGCGGUGCCGGCAACGAAUUGGGUGGACCGGCGGCGGCGGCCCGAUUGCGGCCAAACAAUGUUGCUAACGCUCGGCGAACGGCACCCAAUCGGCAAUACUCGUUGGGCGCCAAUGUUCUGCCCGAUGACGACUUUUUCGAAAUGUUGAUGCGCUGUCAGGACAGUCGUCUGGAGGAUCAGCGGACACUAAUGCCCAGUACGUCCAGCGACGACAACACUGGCGGCGGCGGUGCGACACUCGAUCGGCCGUCGACUCUGGAGAGACCGCAAAGUGUGGUCUCGACGUCAAGUAAUUCGCCGCAACAGAGCGUCGCACCUACCGUUCCCGACGAAGAUUUUUUUAGUCUAAUCCUGCGUUUCCAAGCGGGACGUAUCGAAGAUCAACGAUCAUCGCUACCCGACCGCCAAUCGGACGACGACCCGAUGAAAUCAAGUUCGCGAAAGUCAUCGACGGCUUCGUCGUCCACCACAAAGUCCAGCUCUGUUGCCACUAAUACGACUACUGUUACCACUAACGCACCGUCGGCUCGAAAGUCGUCGAAAACUCAGGUCUGAAUCAUCCAACAGCACAGUCGGUGCGCACAUCCCAUACCAACUGUUUUAAAUUAAAAAUAAUAAAAAUAACUCACGACUCAAGACACACACACUUACAGUAUGUUUACACUACCGUACUCUGAGAGACAAACAUAAUAUAUAAACAGACAAACAAUUGACAACAAAAAUUGUCUAACCGUUUAAACUACUCGUUUGGGUAUCGAACUCACUCACUCACUCACUCACACACACAUACAGUCACUCCUUGUCUAAUACCGACUCACAGUAAUUAUUAUUGUAAUAAUGUGUGAAUACACUAGAAAUAUGUACAUAAAUUGUAUUUAUUUAAUAGUGUAUUUGAUUAUUAUUAUUACUCUGUAUUAUGAUUACUAAACAAACAAAAAAAUUACCGCUAAUAUAAUUGACAGACAUAAUAAUAUACUAUCUUUU